AAGACCUAGACACUUAACCGACUGAGCCACCCAGACGCCCUAUGGUUAUGUUUCUACGUGUAUAUUCUGGGGGAAGAAAACUGUUUACGAGAGUCCCAGGUUCUAGCUGAUUAUCCAGCUCCCUUACUAAUUAUUCAUUUGCCUGCAGAGAAUUCAGAGGACACCUUUGAUUCAGCUACUAAAGGGGUCCAUCCUCCUGUUGCACAAAUUUUGUAUGUGACGCCAGGGAGUGUGGGAAGGGGGAGGGAUCAAAGCCACGUCUGCCCAGCCCGGCUUCCCAGCAUGUGUUACGGCAGCGCGGCUCUGCCCUCCUGGGGAAGCCUGGCGCUCGCAUUCCAGGCAGGAGCUGCUGUCCCCUGUGACGUCCGCAGCCCCGGGAGAGGGCAUGCGGGGCUUUCCCUCGGGGCUGUUCAUCCACACAAAGGUGCGCCUCGGCCUUAGCUCACAAACUCGGGGCGCAGCCCCUUCUGAGCCCAUCCCGAAACUGUAAUCAGCCAACCUCCGUGGGAAAGCAUCUCCUGGGAGAGCCACGGGCCACCCCCACGAGGCCUCCCAGUAAAGCGCUGCUGCUGAGUCCUGACAGUUUCAAGUGCGGCUCUGCGUCCUGAGCGCGGCCAGGCGCCCCGGGCCAUGGCGCUGCGCCCCGAGCGCGCGGGCGGCCGGCGCGUCGUCACCAUCAACGUGGGCGGCUGCAGGGUGCGCCUGGCCUGGGCGGCGCUGGCGCGCUGCCCCCUCGCGCGCCUCGAGCGCCUGCGGGCCUGCGGCGGCCGGGACGAGCUGCUGCGCGUGUGCGACGACUACGACGCGGGCCGCGACGAGUUCUUCUUCGACCGCAGCCCGUGCGCCUUCCGCGCCAUCGCGGCGCUGCUGCGCGCCGGGAAGCUGCGGCUGCUGCGCGGCCCGUGCGCGCUGGCCUUCCGCGACGAGCUGGCCUACUGGGGCAUCGACGAGGCGCGCCUGGAGCGCUGCUGCCUGCGCCGCCUGCGCCGCCGCGAGGAGGAGGCGGCCGGGGCGCGCGCGGGGCCGCCGGGGCGCCCGGGGGGCCUGCUGGGCGACCCGCGCUCGGGACCGGCCGGCAAGCUCUUCGCCUGCGUGUCCGUCGCCUUCGUGGCUGCCACGGCCGUCGGCCUCUGCCUGAGCACCAUGCCGGACAUCCGCGCAGAGGAGGAGCGGGGUGAGUGCUCCCGCAAGUGCCGCAGCCUCUUCGUGCUGGAGACGGUGUGCGUGGCCUGGUUCUCCUUCGAGUUCCUGCUGCGGUCGCUGCGGGCCGAGAGCAAGUGCGCCUUCCUGCGGGCCCCGCUCAACAUCAUCGACAUGCUGGCCAUCCUGCCCUUCUACGUGUCGCUGCUGGCGGGGCUGGCGGCGCGCGGCGCGGGGGGCGCGGGGGGCGCGGGGGGCGCGGGGCGCGCGGGCGCGGGCGCGGCGCUGCUGGAGCGCGCGGGGCUGGCGCUGCGCCUGCUGCGCGCGCUGCGCGUCCUCUACGUGAUGCGCCUGGCGCGCCACUCGCUGGGGCUGCGCUCGCUCGGCCUGACGGCGCGUCGCUGCGCGCGCGAGCUCGGGCUGCUGCUGCUCUUCCUGUGCGUGGCCGCGGCCCUGUUCGCGCCGCUCGUGCACCUGGCCGAGCGCGAGCUGGGCGCGCGCCGCGACUUCUCCAGCGUGCCGGCCAGCUACUGGUGGGCCGUCAUCUCCAUGACCACCGUGGGCUACGGCGACAUGGUGCCGCGCAGCCUGCCCGGCCGGGUGGUGGCGCUCAGCAGCAUCCUCAGCGGCAUCCUGCUCCUGGCCUUCCCGGUCACGUCCAUCUUCCACACCUUCGCGCGCUCCUACUCGGAGCUCAAGGCGCAGCAGCAGCGCGCCGCCAGCCCCCGCGCCCCCGACGGCCGCUCGCAGGCGCCCGUGGGUGCCGGCCAGGCCGCAGUCCCCGCGCCCUGCGCCCAAGGGGCCGCUCCCGGAAAGCUGCUUCAAAACUAG